AUGACCCGCCUCCUCCUCCCCCUCCUCGCCGCAACGACAGCAACGGCCCACUUCUCCCUCACGAUCCCCAAACCCCUCGGCGACAGCGACGAGAACCAGGGCACCGCCCCCUGCGGCGGCUACGCGGCCUCCUCCUCCUCCCCGACCACCGACUUCCACGUCGCCGGCGACAGCGUCGGCAUGGAGAACGGCCACCCGCAGACCAAGUGGCUCUUCCGCGCCACCCUCGACCAGACCGCCGCCGGCGGCUGGACGCAGGCGUUCCCGAUCGUGCUCCAGACCGGCCUCGGCGCCUUCUGCGAGCCCCAGGUCGCCGUCCCCGCCGACUUCGCGGGUAAGAAGGGCGUCGUCAGCGUCGUGGCGCAUUCGCCCGACGGACUUCUGUAUGCUUGCGCUCCCGUCAACUUCGUAACCGGCGCCGCGCCGACCCAUUCGGAAUGCAAAAACGCCUCCAUCACGGUCGACUUCGACUCCGACCCUUCCCUGACGGCCCUCCUCUCCGCCACCGUUACACCUUCGGGGACCGCCUCCCCGGCAGCGAGCACCGCUGCCACGACCCCGAAUGCGGCGCCUAGCUUGGCUGGCAGCAUUUUCAGCGCGGGCGUGGUGGGCAGUUUGAUGGUCUCUUUGGGUGCAGCUCUCGGAGGAGCUGCGUUGUUCUUCUAA